CACUUCAAAAGGGUUUUCAAUUAUUAAAAACCCUCCCAAUUUCUUCACCUCCCACCUUAUCUAGAAAGAAACCCAUAUCUACAAUAUUAUCUCAAAAUUUGUAAGAAAUUGAUAAAUGGCCCCUGUUCUGAGCAGAAGUCUGACCGCUGCUUCACUUCCAUAUACUGCUUCAUUUUCUCUGGAGAAUUCUGGUCGUGCUAAUAGGGGAGUUUUAAGAAGUGCUUUUUUACCGGGGAGUGGAUUAAAAAAGGGAUUUUUAACAAGUGGGUUGAAGUGGAAACUGCAGAAAAGAGAGAGCGGAGUGGUGGUGAGGUGCGAGGCUGCUAUAGCUGAAAAGGAGGCUACAGAAAGCGCUGGUGAGACACAUGAGUACCAGGCUGAGGUUAGUCGAUUAUUGGACUUAAUAGUUCACAGUUUGUACAGCCACAAGGAAGUUUUUCUUAGAGAGCUUGUGAGUAAUGCAAGUGAUGCUCUUGAUAAAUUGAGGUUUUUGAGUGUGACUGAGCCUUCUCUACUUGGAGAUGCUGGUGAACUGGAAAUUCGUAUAAAACCUGAUCCAGACAAUGGGACCGUCACCAUAACUGAUACCGGUAUUGGAAUGACAAAAGAGGAGCUUAUAGACUGCCUUGGAACUAUUGCGCAGAGUGGCACUUCUAAAUUCUUAACGGCUUUGAAGGAAAACAAGGACCUUGGGGCAGACAACAGCUUGAUUGGUCAAUUUGGCGUUGGUUUCUAUUCAGCAUUUUUGGUUGCUGAAAAGGUGGUGGUGUCAACAAAAAGUCCCAGAUCAGAUAAGCAAUAUGUUUGGGAAGCCAUGGCUGAUAGCAGCUCCUAUGUGAUUAAGGAGGAAACUGAUCCUGAGAAGUUGCUACGUCGAGGAACACAAGUCACACUCUAUUUGAGGGAAGACGAUAAGUAUGAAUACUCAGAGCCAACCAAGAUCCAGAGCUUGGUGAAAAAUUAUUCACAGUUUGUUUCAUUCCCCAUCUACACAUGGCAAGAGAAGUCGAGGACAGUCGAGCAGGUAGAAGAGGAGGAGGAACCUAAAGAGGGUGAAGAUAAACCAGAGGAAGAGAAGAAGAAGACUAAAAAGACCAAAACUGAAAAAUAUUGGGAUUGGGAACUAGCCAAUGAAACAAAACCUAUAUGGAUGCGGAAUCCGAAGGAAGUUGAAAAGGAUCAAUAUAAUGAAUUUUACAAAAAGACUUUUAACGAAUUUUUGGAUCCACUUGCCCACACCCAUUUCACUACAGAGGGUGAGGUGGAGUUUCGAAGUGUGCUCUACAUUCCUGGAAUGGCGCCGCUUAACAAUGAAGAUGUUGUCAAUCCCAAGACAAAGAAUAUACGUUUGUAUGUGAAACGUGUGUUCAUCUCAGAUGAUUUUGAUGGCGAGCUGGUAAGAACCCUUGUGUGCUAGUUUGAGACAUGAUGU